AUGAUUGAAAAGAUUAAAGAUGAUGGAGGCAGAGAAUUUGUUGAUGAUCCAAAUAUUGGUAGAGUGUUGGGUGACUACUUUUCUGGCCUGUUUACUAGUUCCUCUCCGUCAGGAGUUCAGGAAGCAAUAGCUCUUGUUGGAAACAAGAUAUCAGCAGUCCACUUGGAGGUGUUAUUAGAACCUUUCACAAAACAGGAUGUGGAGGAAGCUUUAUUUCGGAUGCACCCCACGAAAGCUCCGGGUUUGGAUGAAAGCUAUAUUUACAAGUUCAUUGCAUGGUAUAAGGUAGCUCAAAAAGCUCAUGUGAUAUCUUAUUUACUGUUUGCUGAUGACAUCAUUUUGUUUGCUAGAGCUAUUGUUCAGGAGGCGGAUUGUAUCUCUGAUAUUCUUAAUACUUAUGAAAAUGCGUCAGGACAGGUCAUUAAUCUUGAAAAAUCAAUGCUCUCGGUUAGCCGUAAUGUGCUUGAUAAUAGUUUCAGUGAGCUUAAACAGUUGUUAGGUGUUAAGGCCGUGGAGAGUUUUGAUAAAUAUUUGGGACUUCCAACCAUUAUUGGUAAGUCUAAAUCUCAGAUAUUUAAUUUUGUUAAAGAUAGAGUUUGGAAGAAGCUAAAGGGCUGGAAAGAGAAGUUCCUCUCUUGUGCUGGCAGAGAGGUUCUGAUCAAAUCAUUUGUUCAAGCAAUUCCAUCUUAUGUUAUGUCUUGUUUUGUUCUGCCUGAUAAAUCGUGUGCAGAGAUAGAUGCUAUGAUAGCCAAUUUCUUUUGGGGCGGUGAUGCUACCCGUCGAGGACUUCAUUGGGUAAAGUGGAGCACCAUGUGCCGGCAUAAGAAUGAUGGUGGUCUGGGUUUCUGUGACUUUAAAACGUUCAAUUUGUCAUUGGUAGGAAAGAAUUGGUGGCGUAUUUACUCUCAGCCUUCUUCUUUGCUUGCUCAAGUUUUUAAAGCUGUGUACUUCCCUAGGACUAACAUUUGGGAUGCAAGGAGAGGGUAUUGGCCUAGCUAUGCGUGGUCAAGUAUUUGGAAAUCAAAAAUUAUUUUUGAGAAAGGUGUCAGAUGGCGGAUUGGUAGUGGAAAAAAGCCUAAUGGUGGUUGGAAUAUACCAAUAUUGGAGCUUGUCUUUGCACCAGUCACGGUUAAGCAAACUUUGGAGUGCAAAGAAUUGGCUUGGAGAGCAAUCAAAGGAGUUCUCCCGGUCCGUCAUAGCUUGAAGGUUCGUGGCGUGGACUUGGAUGAUGCAUUACCAUUCUGUGGUACAGAUUCAGAAACGUCUGAUCAUGUGCUGGUCCGUUGUCCAGCGGUGCAACCACUUUGGUUUGCUUCUCCACUAGCUGUCCGCGUGGCCUUUUUCUCGUCCAUGAUGGGGCUGGUUAGUGCUUUCCUAUCGACGGCGGAGGAGGAACCCAUCGCAGUGUUUCAAACCUGGGUCUAUGCUCUUUGGGAGGCACGAAACUCUUUGAUUUUUGAUGGUAGGCAAGUUUCCAUGGAUAAGCUUUUGCAACGAGUUGCAGGUUUGCUCGCAUCCCCUCAACCUUGUCCGUCGUCGGUGGUUCAUGAUCGGAGGAGGCUAGCUUCCUCGUGGACAAGACCGAGACAGGGGACGAUGAAGGUUAAUGUGGAUGCGUCAUACCGGGACAAUGAGGGAGCUACCUAUGGCAUGGUGGUGCGUAAUUAUUUGGGUGAAGUACUUGCAGCAGCAGUUUCGCAUCCUACACCAGCCAUGUCUGCGUUGUUGGCGGAAGCUCAAGGCUUGAGAUGGUCCAUGGUGAUGGUGAGGGAGCUUGGUUUCAUGUAUGUGUGCUUGGAGACGGAUAGCUUACAGGUUUAUAAUGCUUGGAAUUGUUCCUCUGGUGGUAGUUCUUAUUUGGUUUCUGUUUUAGUGGAUUGCCAUAUAUUAGCUUCUCAUUUUACUUCUGUUUCUAUUUCCUUUGUACGCCAUACUGGCAAUGCGGUUUUUGGUUAUCUUGCUCGUCACGCUUCCUCUUAUCCGGGGUUUGUCUGGUUAGAGGAAGCCCCUAACGAGGUUUUACCGCUUGUGGACGUUGAUGUAUUGGCUUUUUUGCCUCGAUCUACUUAA